AUGUGCAGGAGGCCGGACAGCGACGAGGGCAGCAACCCUUUGGACCUCAACAACCUCCCCGACGACCACAGCGCGAGCAGCAGCAGCAGCAACGCCGCCGCUCGAGACGACGCCGGGAAGGUGUACGAGUGCAGGUUCUGUGCCCUCAGGUUCUGCAAAUCCCAAGCCCUCGGCGGCCACAUGAACCGACACCGACAAGAACGAGAGACGGAGACACUGAACCGCGCUAGGCAGCUCGUGCUCAACAACGACGGCGGCCACAUCCUAGGCUACCAAUACCCAGUGGCGCCACCGGGGAGUGCAAUGGCAAUGGGAAGAGGAGACCCAUUAUUCAACCGACCAGUCGUACCGCCGUUAUACCAACAACACACCGGCAGCAGGCUCUUCUCCGCCGCCGCCGGUGGCGGUUCGACGUCACCAUUGACGUCAGCAACGGCUGCAGGAGGACAUCAUCUCCCACCGCCGUAUCUCUACCCCGCCGCCUCUCCUCCACGUGGUAGCUCGACAACUCGUGUGCCACCUCAUCAACCAGCUCCGUACUCCAACAACGAUUACUACAUCGGCCACGUCCUCAACGCCGCGCCACCUCCUCCUCCGGGCCAGCUCAGCAGCACCUACACUUGCGUCGGCGCGCCGGUGGGCCACCGCCGGCUGGGGUCCGAUGGGAGCUCCGGCACCGACGGCGGGUCUCUGAGCAACAACAGUGCGAGUAACCAUCAUCAGGACGAGUAUGGUAACGGUAAUGGUAAUGGUGGGUUGAACUGGGGAUCAAGAAGUUACGCCGCAUGA